UCAAACCCCUUUCCUACGGCUCAUCAAACAUGAAACUCUUAUAGUACCCUCUUCUAUUGCCAUCUGUUCUCAGUUAGUUUAUGAUAUACGAACACUUUUGAAGUCUCAUGAAUGUUGUCCUUCUUAAAUAUUUUUCACUAAAUUCCUGGCACUCACACCCCUUUUAAAUUGUGAUUUUCACACCCUUCCUUCACCGAUCGUUUUUUCUUUUCCCGUUACCAAAAGUUAUAUUAUAUAGUGAUCUGAUUGUAUUAUUGAUACAGAAAGCAAUAUACUUUUUUGUGUGAUUUUGAUUGAUUUCUAUUUGGGUUUAUUCAAUUAUGAUUGUCUUUUAGGUGAUAUGAUUUUUUUCCUUCAGUGUUAUUCAUUGUUUCUGUGAUCCCUGGAAGAACUUGUUAUUGAAAAUGGCUUCAAGGGUCUCUCCCAGUCUCAAAUGUUGGCAGUUCAGAACCCCUUAUUAUUGUGAUUCAUGGAAGACACCUCGUGCAGUUCCUUCUUCAAUACUGAGGCAUGUGACUGAGAGGAACAAUGUUAUGCCACCAUGUGGGUUGUUGGUCCAUAGAUCAAGGAAGAAUUUGAGGGUGCAAAGAGGAAAACGUGUUUACUCUUCGCUUUUUGAUGACUUUCGCCAAGAGGAAAGGAUGAAUCUUGUUCAGGAUGGUUGUUGGGAUGAAAAUGGCAAUGAAAUAGCUUGUGCCGUCUCUGAUAAUGAAUUCGAAAAUGACUCCUCAGGCAAAGGUUGUUCCUCUGAGGAGUUUGGGACAAUGAAGCCUGAAGUUUUGGAGCCUUCUCUUUUGGGAAUCCAGCCUGAGCCACCAAGCUGGCCAGAGAGAGAUGAGAUUUUGAGACUUACCUUUGAGAGGAAAGUGAACAGUGUGGGAAUUCCCUUGUCCAUUAGGAUGAUCAAGAAGAAGCUACAAUUGGAAGAGGGUCUCAAAGAGGCUGGUGAGUUGAAUGAAUUAACCAACUGUUCUGUGAACAAGACCUUCUCCUCUAUGAUGUUUAUAAUGCAUGAGCUUCAAAGUCGUGCCUUGCAAACAAGGGAGAGUUUAUUUGGUGAAGACUUGCAAAGUGUCAUGACCAAGCUAGAGAGAGAGAUGGAUGCUUCAUUUGUUUGGCUCUUCCAGCAGGUUUUCUGGAAGACCCCAGCUCUCAUGGUCUUUGUGAUGGUCCUCUUAGCUAACUUUUUAGUGUUCUCUAUGAAUGACAACACUGUCAAGGGAAUCACUCCUUCUUCCAUGAUCACAAAGGCUCUAACCUUGACCGGCAAUGAGAGUAAAGUACGACAUUCUCAAGUUGAUACUGAUGUUGAUCAAGGAGAGUAUGUGAAUAAGGAGUUGAACGAAGAGGAGGAAAUGUUGUGGAACUCUUUUCUAGAGGAGGCUUCAAUGUUGCAAAAGGAAUUGAGUGGUGAGGUUUUGGACCACGAGACAAGGCAAAGGUUAGUUGCCCCAGUGUCUGUGGAGCUUGAAGGGGAUCAGUACGAGGAAUAUGUCAAAACUGAGCUUUAUUACAAAAAGCAUUUGCUCCGGACACCUCAUUGUUCCCUUCUGCUGUCUAACUAUGCACAGUUUCUCUUCCUUGUCCUUCAUGAUAUUGAUGGGGCAGAAGAGUACUACAAGCGAUCAGUGCUAGCGGAAUCACCGGAAGCUGAGGCAUUCAGUCGCUAUGCCGACUUCUUGUUGAUGGUAAGAAAGGAUGUUUGGGCAGCAGAACUGAGAUAUCUGCAAGCAUUGGAAGCAGAUCCUGGCAACACUUAUUAUUUAUCAAAGUACGCCAGUUUCCUUUGGAACACCGGUGGACAAGAUGCUAAUAGCUUUCCUAUAGAAGAAUUGGACAACUUGCAGCUAUGACAUAUGAUUCAUCAUGGCUGAGUGAUGGUACUUUUUGGUGACAUGUUACAACCAAGUUCUACAUCCCACUUGCAUUUAAGUUUUAUUCCUUGAUUUUUGUUUUUUUGCUGGAUAGUUGUUACUACAGUUUUUUUUGUUCUUUUUUCCAUUGUAGUAAGUCAUUCGUGGAACAACUAUCUUUGUUCAUAUUUAAAUAUGAUGUGUUUAGCCUGAAUGGCUGAAUGAUAUAUAUAGCUCAAAGUUCAGUUCAUGAAGGAAAGAGGCAUGAGUUACCAACUCUAACUUUGAGACCUGAA